AUGAAGAGCAAGACAGUCUCUCACCUGAACGACGCUGUAGAGCAUUUUCAGUUGGUUCUGGACCAUUGUCCGGUUAGCCAUCCGGACCAUGCCACAGCUCUCACCAACCUCGCGUGGGCCCGCCUCCAAGGCUACAUCCGGAAUGAUCUUGAAGACAUCGAUGCCACCACUUCCCUCUUCCGCGACGCCCUUGCAUUGCGUCCGCAGCCCUAUCCCGAUCAUCACUUAUCUUUAUACAAUCUCACCGAAGCGCUGAUUUGGCGCCACAAGAAGAAAAGGACUGCUGCCGACAUCUGGGAAGCCGCCCGACUUUAUCAUGAACUACUGCCUCUCUGUCCAGAGGGCACCUACCUUCGUAGCAUCGUGGCAGGAAAGAAUGGUGUCGACUAUGUGAUCGGCGGAUGCAACAAACUUCCAAUAGACGCAUCUGAUGAAGGUAUUCAUCUUCGAAGAGUUGUCCUCGAGCUCUGUCCUCUGGGCCAUCAACUCCGUCCCAGAGCCCUCAACGAGUUUGCACAAGCACUUCAAACAUGCUUUGACCAGCACGGCAGCAUCGAUGAUCUUGACACGAGCAUACAGCUUGGUCGUGAAGCCGUGUCUCUGUGCCCCGAGGGACAAGCUGACCGUGAUACCUACUUGAACAACUUGGCCGUCUCACUCGCAUCGCGCUUCAAUCAUCAAGGCAAACCUAAUGACCUCGAUGAGGCCAUCUCUUUCCACGAAGGAGUGUUGCACCUGCGCCCUGUUGGGCACAAAUAUCGUGAUUUCUCAUUGGACAACCUAGGGAGCGUUCUCGUCCAACGUUUUAACAAACAUGGUGACAUUGAUGACAUCACCCGAGCCAUCAGCCUCCAUCGUGAGGCACUGACGUUGCGCCCACCUGGGCAUCAACAUCGUGACAUCACGCUUAACAACCUGGCCCUCGCACUCGACACCAGAUAUGACAAAUCGCAUGUUAGGGAGGAUCUAAAUGAGGCCAUUGAUUUAUAUCGCGAAUCCCUUCGGUUAAUGCGGCUUGACCAUCCAGAGCGCCAUAAAAUUCUUUUCAAUUUGAGCUCCGUGCUCUGCUCUCGGUUCGAGCAAACUCAGAAGAAUGAAGAUGUCGAGGAGGCCAUUGUUCUUUGCCAACAAUCAUUGGAGGCUUUGCAUUCACUGCACCCAGACAGACACCACUCAUAUUUCAUGCUACAGGAAGCCUAUAUGUCUCGUUACUGCGUGCAGUACAAGCCUGCCGAUCUGGCGCUUGCACAUGGUGAUGGAUCCGCACUGGAAGCCUACUCGACAUUUUUAGAGCUUCUGGAUGCUCAUUUGUCAACACGAUCGUCGGCAACUUCACGGCGCGAAGCUGCCGCUGCCUUCCAAUAUGCCAGAUCACUGCCUGUAGAUGCAGCCGCAUGUGCUAUACGUCAUGAUAAUCUACCACGGGCAGUUGAACUUGUGGAGCAGGGCCGUGGCCAGCAGUGGUCGCUGGCAUCUCGACUCAGGACUCCAGUUGAAGACCUCGAGUCGGCAAAACCGACACUAGCGCGCAAUUAUGUAGAGCUGAGCAAACUCAUUUCCAAUGCAGCACAGAAUUCUGCAACCAUCACCGACAGAGCUGCUGCUGAUCGGGAAGCAACAGAGUAUAGGAGACUUACAAGGCAAUGGGAAGCCGCGGUAGCUGAGAUACGCAAUCUUCCAGCGUUCUCGCGGUUCCUGCUUCCACCUUCAUAUGAAGACCUCCAAGCGGCAGCGCGCCAGGGACCGGUCAUCAUCCUCGUUGCAAGUGAAUACUCAUGCAGCGCCAUCAUCGUCCCGACGUCAGGGGAACCCUAUCAUGUUCCUUUGCCGUCUGUCACCCUUGCAGAUCUGACCAAUAUCAAGGACCGCUUCGCCAGGGCAAUACGAGAUUCAUCUCGAAUGAACCCAGGGGAGUCGAGGACGGAUCUAAUAGUUCUCUCACGGAUAAUAUGGGACCAGAUCAUGCUACCCAUCGUCAACGUCCUCGAGCAUGUUCUCAAACUAAAGCGCCGCUCUCGAAUCUGGUUGUGUCCCACUGCAGCUUUCACGUCUAUUCCUCUCCAUGCAGCUCAUCCGUUUCAAACAAAGGCGGAUCGUUCUGGGAAGGAGCCAUGCCUGGAGGAUCUCUACAUCUGCUCAUACACGCCGACACUUUCUGCUCUGAUCAGAUCUAGACAGUUGAUGAAGAAGCGCGUGUCUCCGUCCUUUGUGGCGAUCGGACAGGGUCAACCGGGUGCAGGGAAGGGCAAGGCGCUCUUGACUGUCGACAGCGAGCUGGAGCUUGUCCAUAAGCUCGUCCCUGCGACGGCCAACCGCACCACUGUUUCUGGCGACAAAGCCACACGAGCAGGUGCACUCUCAGCUUUGCAGCAGAACAUCUGGGUGCACCUUGCUUGUCAUGGGAAGCAGGACCCUAAGCAGCCUUACGAUUCCCAUUUUGUCAUGAGAGACGAACAUUUGACGCUGCUCGAUAUCAUGGAGAGACAUAUUCCGCAGGCCGAAUUCGCGUUCUUGUCGGCGUGUCAUACCGCCGUUGGUGACGAGGAGACACCCGACGAAGUGAUUCACCUCGCAGCUGGUAUUCAGUUUUCGGGGUUCAAGAGCGUCGUUGGCACGUUGUGGGAGGUCGACGACUCUGUCGCAAAGCACGUCGUCGAAUCUUUCUACACAUACAUGUUCAGAGAUUUGAAGGAUGGUGGUGUCAUGGACUGUACGAAGGCGGCCUGGGCGCUCAACUGUGCUACGCACUCGGUGAAAACGAAAGUGCCGCUCGAGCAGAGGAUGGUUUUUGUUCAUAUUGGUGUGUAAUCCUAUGUCGUAUUGCUGUCUAGUACAUAUUCACGUGUUGUUGAUCUGCCAUUUUCUUUCAUCCUGUUGUACAAAUGACCCUGAUAUAUAUUCUUGCGCUCUAGCUAUCUUGUUUUCGUAUAUAUACUCUGUUGUUUUUUGUCGACUAGGAUGUUCACCAAAGUUCUUAUGUGCUC